GAAAAGUUGCACCUUGAGAUGAUUCCACUAUUACUUUUGCUAGGAUCCUGUACACUAGGUGUUAAAGCCAGGACCCUCUGGACAGAAAGAAAUGAGAUAACAGUCAGAGAAGGAGAAGAAAUAUUCAUAAAAUGCAACUAUGACAAAACCAGAUAUGUUUUUGCCAAGAAGUAUUGGUGCCACGGGGAAUUCAGUACCCAGUGCAAUGUGUUAGGUGAUAAUGAUAAAAGAGCUUCUAGUGCGAGGCUCCAUAUUGCAGAUAACAAAUGGGGAACAUUAUCUAUUACAAUGAGAAAUUUGGUUCCUGAAGAUUCUGGGACAUACUGGUGCGGCAUUGAAAAAGCAUAUGCAGACAUAAUGAUUUCAGUGAAACUCACAGUAAUAGAAGAAACUGUUUCAGAGCCAGUGGUCGCCUUCAUUGGUAAUCCAAGAGAUUCUUGUUUAGGACUUCCUGUGAGCAUUGAUUGCAGAUCCACUACUGGCCGCCACCUGAAUUAUUCAUGGUACAACCAGAAAAAUAGGGUUGUUAUUGGUUCCAACACAUUGAAGAUACAAUGUGACAAACUUACACAGGCAGAUGAAUAUUACUGUGAAGCCUCUAACAACAAGAGUAAGAUAUUCAGCAGUGUCAUUAGAGCUCAGUUAUUGGAUUCAACUGACAAUAUUUGCAAGUACAUCAUAAUACUGCAAGAUCAUGAUAACUACAGUUGUCCUCUGCCAACUACAAUAAUGCCAGGAAUCACCACAGCAAUUCAAGAAGUGACCACUAGUUGUGCUGCCACUACUUUUCAAGAAAUGUCCACCAAUGUAUCAGUAGAAUUGUCUUUGUACAAUAGAAUGGAGUCCUGGGCAUCAUUAAGAUGGUCUCUGCCUGCAAUUGAAUUGGAAUAUCUUUAUAAAGCAUACCUUCCACAUUUAUCGCAGAAUGUCUCCUUCCAAUACAAAAGGUUCUUUAGUCAUUAA